UAUGAAAAGUAUAACUCAUAACCACUCACUGACACCUUAUCGAGAACAAAUGAGCAAUAAAAAAAGAGGAUAUUAUCGCUCUCAUCGUUUGGUGAAGCCCAUACCUUAUAUGAAAGCAGGUGCAUCUCAUAAAGGAAGAAAUGAUGAUCUCAAAUUGGUCUUAAGCUCUACUCAAAGUUAUCAACCUAACAAUAAUUAAAAAUAAGACUAUACUUGAGCAAUUUGAAGCGAUAAAACCCUUAAUUAGCCUUAACUCCUGAACAGCUGAAGUUUCAUCAGCUGAAAGUUCAAUCGCUCGAACACCAGAGCCAUUUCAGACUGAAAUAGGCAUGCUAAGCCAGGAUGGCCUAUUUAUCUCUCCAGAAGGUAAAACUAAGUAAGGCUAAGAUAUAACUCUUGUAUUCAGCAAUAUUUUUAACUCUAUUUUAGCAACCAGGUAAUUAUUUUGGAUAGCAUCAGAUAAUCAGAAUUAAUUAAGUCAUCUAUUUUAGAAUAUGUCGUAUUUUCCGAUGCUUAAUAAGAAGCUUUCUCCCAAAGGUGUGCUAUCUGCUGCAGGAGAGUUCAUGACUGUAAAGCCUGGCAUCUCCUCUACUGAUGAGUAUUUGCUAAAUCCCAAACAAAAAUAUCCCAGCAAUUUCAAAGGGCUUAAAAGUCUCCAAAGAUCUUUGACCAAAGAGAAUAAAAAUCUUACUCCUUUGAAAUAACAGAAAAGCAUCAGGAAAUACAAGAAAGAGAAAUUUACAAAAAUAAAGGUCUACCUCAACCCAAAUUCUCAAAUAUUGCUAAAAACUUCAAGCUCAAGUCACAAGGGAAUACUCUUGGGUCCAACUUUUGCAAAAAUCAACUAAAAUCUUCGAUUGAAACAUCUCUUUCAGAUUUGAAUAUAACAAUCUCUAUGAAUAAACAAAAGAGGAGCAGAAAUAUGUGCAAGAUUAGUAAGAAGAUCAACAAUACUACAAUGGAUAUCUGUCAGACUAAACGACGAGAAUCUGCUUUAAAGCUUCCUUCUACAAGUCCUAAAGACGAGGAUGAGGAAGAGCAUUCGUCUCAGCUGAAUAUUGAGACGAACUAUGGGAACCAGAAUGCUUCAGAGAACAUUUCCAUACCUAAUUAAGCUUAAAUUUUCAAGGUCCAAGGGAAAGAAAAUCUUUAAAACUUUACAAAAAUAGCAUCUUAAAAGACAAGAAAGCAAAGCUAAAGCCUAACAAACGAAUUGAUAAAUAAAAUCAAAAUAAACGCAUAUGGGUGUAAAAUACAUUACGGGAGUCAGAUCUUAACUAAACGCCAAGAUAUGAUUAAUCCAGCACCAAGACAUAAUAUAAGAAAAAUAUCAAUGAAGGCUUCUUUAAAACCAAUCGCAUUAACAGGGAAAUCUAACAUCUCUCGGAAUUUUCCAAGCCAUAAGCUACAUGGAGUUCUUGAGAAGACCUAUGGACUUCAUUUUGACAACCUGCAAUAUCCAAUUUGAUACGAUGAUUGAGAAACAGCUGACCAAGGCCUGAAUCGGUUAACUUUGUGCAUCUCGAAAAAGAAGAGAUAACAAGAGGGCUAAAUGA